AUGUCGGACGCUGAGGAGCAGGAAUAUGAGGAGGAGCAGCCAGAGGCCGCCGAGGAGCCGGAGCCGGUGGCAGAGCCAGAAGAGGAGCGCCCCAAGCCCAGGCCCGUGGUGCCCCCGCUGAUGCCACCCAAGAUCCCGGAAGGCGAGCGCGUGGACUUCGAUGUAAGACAUUCACGCAAGCGCAUGGAGAAAGACCUGCUGGAGCUGCAGACGCUCAUCGACGUGCACUUCGAGCAGCGCAAGAAGGAGGAGGAGGAGCUGGUGGCGCUGAAGGAGCGCAUCGAGCGCCGCCGGGCCGAGAGAGCCGAGCAGCAGCGCUUCCGGACCGAGAAGGAGGGGGGAGCGGAGGAGAAGAUGCGCAAGGAGGAGGAGGAGGCCAAGAAGCGGGCGGAGGACGACGCCAAGAAGAAGAAGGUCCUGUCCAACAUGGGCGCCCACUUCGGGGGCUACCUGGUGAAGGCCGAGCAGAAGCGGGGCAAGCGGCAGACGGGGCGCGAGACGAAGCUGCGGAUCCUGUCCGAGCGCAAGAAGCGCUCAACAUCGAGCACAUGGGGGAGGAGCAGCUGCGCGCCUGCAGUGGCCUGGGCCGUGUGGUGCAGCGCGGGGGCUGCCGGAGCUGGGGAGGGGGCGGCGGACGAGCUGGGGAAGGGGCUAGCCCUGGGGGGCGUGCUGCUAGGAGAAGGCCAGGAGCUGUCGGACUGGAUCCACCAGCUGGAGUCGGAGAAGUUCGACCUCACCGAGAAGCUGAAGCAGCAGAAAUACGAGAUCAACGUGCUGUACAACCGCAUCAGCCACGCCCAGAAGUUCCGGAAGGGGGCAGGGAAGGGGCGCGUGGGCGGCCGCUGGAAGUGA